AUGAAUAAGUUAUUUCCUGUGAUAUCAAGACGCUUAUCUCACGUAUGUAGUUUAAAACCCUACAAAGAAACGAAAUGGUUAAUGCCGAAUGGAAAUCCAACCGGUGCUUAUAUUUACAAUUGUGUUGCGAAUGGAAAAGUUCCAGUAAUAUUAAGUGAUCCGCACAUUGCCACCUGGUACUCGUGCGGUCCUACGGUGUACGACUCGGCUCAUGUCGGCCACGCGAGUUGCUACGUUAAGUUGGAUAUUAUUCAACGUAUUCUGAAAUCUUUCUUCAAUAUCAAACUUGUGACUGCCAUGGGCAUCACGGAUAUUGACGACAAAAUUAUCAAGAAAUCAAUUGAAACUAAAACGCCCUUCACGAAUGUCGCUAAGCAGUAUGAAAAUGAAUUUUGGCUGGACAUGUCAUCGUUAAAUAUUGAGAAACCUCUGAUAAUUACGCGAGUAUCGGAACAUAUUGGAACCAUUGAGAAUUUUAUUCAGAAAUUGGUAGAUUCUGAGAUGGCCUAUGUUACUUUUGAUGGUUCAGUAUACUUUGACACUUCUAAAUUCCCGACAUAUGGUAAGCUUCAAAAAGUUCAAAAAGAAGGAGAAGCAUCAAAUGAAGAAAAAAGACAUAAAAUGGAUUUUGCUUUAUGGAAGGCUAAAAAGCCUGGAGAACCUUCUUGGGAUGUUGCUUGGAGCACAGGCAGACCUGGAUGGCAUAUAGAGUGCUCAGCUAUGGUCAGCAAACUUUUUGGGUCUCAAUUAGACUUCCAUGCGGGUGGUAUAGAUCUGCAAUUUCCUCAUCAUGAAAAUGAAGAGGCACAAUCUUGUGCUUUUCACAACACAAGGCAGUGGGCCAACUAUUGGAUCCAUGUUGGCCACUUGCAUGUGAAAGGAGAUGUUAAAAUGUCUAAAUCUCUUCAGAACACUAUUUCAAUACCAAGUAUUUUAGAAAAGUAUAGUGCUGAUGUAUUCCGGAUGGCUUGUUUAACUUCAAACUAUAGAUACACAAUGGAAUAUAGUGAUGAGAUGAUGAAAACUGCUGAAGAAGUCUUGAACAAGUUUAAAUUUUUCCUGAAAGAUGCUUCCGUUUAUGUGAAUAGCAGUGCACCAGGAAUUAGAGAUUACAAGAAAAAAAUAAUUGAUGAUUUGCAGAAAAUUGAAGAGGCUAAUUUGGAGGCAUUAAAAUCAGAUUUUGACACUGCAACUUGCAUUAAUAAUCUCUUAACUUUAGUUAGCAACGCAAAUAGAAUUAUUAAGUUAAACAGUAAUGAAUACUACCCAGUACCUAUAGUGUUAAUAGCUGAAUAUAUUACUAGCGUUUUAACCAGAUUGGGUUUGAAAUUACAAGACUGUGAAGAGAGCAUUAUUUCAAAUACAAUAAUAGAUACUUUAGUAGAAUUUAGACAGAGUGUGAGGUUGAACGCCUUAAAAAGGAAAGAUAAAGAUAUGCUACAGGCAUGUGAUGUUGUAAGAGAUAAACUGAAGAAAAAUAAAAUACAUAUAAAUGAUAGCCAAAAAGUUUCUUCUUGGGUAUCUACCAAAUAG